AUGGAUAUUCCUCGCUUGAUCAACUCUAUCGGAUGGGGUGAUAUCCUUCCAAAUCGAAACUUUGGGUUUCGUCCUGAGGCAGUACGAAUGUUCUACUCAAACAUGAAGCCUUGUCUUCAUAUCUCUCCUCCAUGCUUCACAACGAUAGUGUACAAUUAUUUGAUCACCAUCAAUGUGGAAUUGUUGUCACUGUUGCUUGGCAUACCCAUCACUGGAGCAGAAGUCAUGAAUGAGUUGGACUUUCACUCUGUUGAAUUCAAUGAGGGAGAUGCUCUGCGGUUGUAUACCCGUGACACAGGUCGUUACUAUCCCUCGGAAUUCCACUCUGGUAGACUUCCUGAUGAUCUCAAGGUUUUGCAUUUUUACAUCACCAGAUGCUUUCUGCCUAGAUCCUUUGGGCUUGAUACUAUCUAUCCAUCCGACCUAUGGAUUCUUGCCAGUGCCAAGGAGAAUCGGGUCAUCAGUUACCCACAUCUAAUGUUUGACCACAUGCUAAACUAUCAUGCUAACAACUAUAAUGCCGAGCUUCCCUUUGCCCCACAAAUCACUCAGAUUCUGCUGGCCUUAGGAUUAGAUCUCCGUUUUAAGGUGGCUCGUGUAGAUAUGUUCGGCUCUCUUCGUGCUCAAUUCGUCCUGUGA